CGGUUGCAAGAAAUGUGGAGCAAUUAGCUGAGCUCCAGUUCACUUACAUUACUGUGCACGAAAACGCAGUGUACGCAUAAUAGUUUUCUAAGCUGAACCUGGUAGUCACGGUCGCUACAAGGCAAUGAGCUUUCUCAAGCAUUUCGAUCGGUCUAUGAUACCUCGGACGAGGGUAGAACUUCAUCUUCACUUAGAUGGCUCAAUUCGACAUGAGACAAUAUGGGAACUCGGACAGAAAAAGAACAUUAACCUCGGGGUUAAAUCUCUUGCUGACCUUCGCUUGAAGCUCAUUAAAGCAGACUCGACGAACUUGAAAGAUUUCCUCGACCGCUUUUCGAUAUUUAUGCCUACAGUUGUUGGCGAUUUGGCAGCUGUAGAAAGAAUUUCAUACGAGCUGUGCGAAGACCAGGCAAGAGAGGGCGUUGCGUACUUCGAGGCUCGAUAUUCUCCUCAUUUUCUAGCUUCGAAAGAGAAGAACGUGACGCCGAAGCAAGUGGUCGAAGCGGUCAACUGCGGCUUGAGAAGAGGACAAUGCGACUUCCAGAUAAAGGCUCGAUCGAUUAUUUGCUGCGUUCUCGGCAAAGAUGAUUGGUCUAUGGAAUGUUUGAAAUUUUGCGAAGAGUACGAGAAUAAAGGCGUGGUUGGCAUCGACAUAGCGAAGGACGAAGCGAAAAUACCCGAAUUUACCAGCGGAGAAAUGAAGGUUUACCAGAGAGCAAAAGAUCUAGGCAUAGGCCGUACAGCACACGCCGGCGAAAGUGGCACUUACAAAUCCGUCAUGGACGCAAUGGUGAAACUGCACUGCGAAAGGGUGGGUCAUGGAUACCGAGUCUUCCAAGACACCAGCGGCCAAACUUUCAAGAUGGCACAAGAGAGGGACCUCCACUUCGAGACCUGCCCUUACUCUAGCGUUCUUACUGGUGGCUGCCCUCUGAGCUCACAAAAACACUCGAUUGUCAGGUUUGCAGAGGAAAACGCCAACUUUUCAAUAAGCAAGGACGACAGCACUAUCACCGGUAGUACUUUGGAUGAUGAAAAUGACUUUCUGAGAGAACUUGGCUUAACUGAAGCACACAUCAUUAGGGCGAAUAUAAAUGCGGCUAGAUCAUGUUUUCUACCGGCAGCCGAGAAGAAAGAACUGCUGCAGAACCUCAAGGAAGAAUACGGCAUCAGUCCAUUCAAAGAGGAGAACAAAAAGCGCACACGGCCAGUACAACCUGUACAGCCAGCACGGCCGUUACCCCCAAUACGGCCGAUGCCACCAAUAAACCAUGGAACCCCCCGUAAGAAGCGUGGCUUGCUGGCAAGACUACUAUGUUGUGAACGUUAUUGAAAUGUCACACUAAGGCCUGGGAUAUCAUGCAGGGAUGUCUGGUUACAAUAAACACCACACG